UCCAGUGCCCUUACCCACCAUGCCACCUGCCUUUGUGAGCUUUUAUAGUGUCUGCUUUCUCUUUUACUCCUAACUUCCUUCCAUUCUGUUUCCCACUGAGUAAGGGGGCAGGAGCCCGUCACGUUCGCCUGACAUCCCUCUCCUAGGCCCUGGUACCUGGUCCCAGUCUGGCUCCACCCUCAUCCUGCUGUGUGGUCCUGGGGAAGCCCGGCCUCGGUCUCCCCACCUGGCUCAUGCAGCGGUUAAUUGUGAGCUUUGUCCUGCAGCAGACACCUGGCUGGGAGGGCACACAGUGUAGAGUGGGAGUGGUGAUGGUGGGGAGCAGAGAGGGGUGGCAGCUUGUCUUGAGCCCCACCCACUGGUGACAUCACACAAGACACCUCUAGUCUCUCGAAGCCCCACCCCUUGUGGCUGUCACCUGUGGAAGUGCCACCCAAUGCUUGGCAUCUGGUGAAUUUGCCCAGUUCCACAACGACGUCAUCAGCCUCCAGGCCUGAGAGAAGCCCCUAGGCCCACAGCCAUGGCCAUGGUACUGGCCCAGAAGCUCAGCCACCUCCUGCCCGGUUUGGGGCAGGCUGGCCAGGAGUCUCAGGCGUCCCUACAGCCAGAGCCCGUCUUCACGGUGGACCGCGCGGAGGUGCCGCCCCUCUUCUGGAAGCCGUACAUCUACGCGGGCCCCCGGCCGCUGCACCAGACCUGGCGCUUCUACUUCCGCACGCUGUUCCAGCGGCACAACGAGGCGGUGAAUGUCUGGACGCACCUGCUGGCGGCCCUGGCGCUGCUGCUGCGGCUGGCCCUCUUUGUGGGCGCCGUGGACUUCUGGGGAGACCCGCACGCCCUGCCCCUGUUCAUCAUCGUCCUGGCCUCCUUCACCUACCUCUCUUUCAGUGCCUUGGCUCACCUCCUGCAGGCCAAGUCCGAGUUCUGGCAUUACAGCUUCUUCUUCUUGGACUAUGUGGGCGUGGCCGUGUACCAGUUUGGCAGUGCCCUGGCGCACUUCUACUACGCCAUCGAGCCUGCCUGGCACGCCCAGGUGCAGGCCGUCUUCCUGCCCAUGGCUGCCUUCCUGGCCUGGCUCUCCUGCACCGGCUCCUGCUACAACAAGUACAUCCAGAGGCCGGGCCUGCUGGGCCGCACGUGUCAGGAGGUGCCCUCGGCGCUGGCCUACGCGCUGGACAUCAGCCCCGUGGUGCACCGCAUCUUGGUGUCCCCUGACCCUGCCACGGAUGACCCGGCCCUUCUCUACCACAAGUGCCAGGUGGUCUUCUUCCUGCUGGCUGCCGUCUUCUUCUCUGCUUUCGUGCCCGAGCGCUGGUUCCCUGGAAGUUGUCACAUCUUUGGGCAGGGCCACCAGCUCUUCCACAUCUUCUUGGUGCUGUGCACGCUGGCCCAGCUGGAGGCCGUGGCACUGGACUAUGAGGCCCGGCGGCCCAUCUAUGAGCCCCUGCACACCCACUGGCCCCACAACUUCUCCGGCCUCUUCCUGCUCACCGUGGGCAGCAGCGUCCUCACUGCCUUCCUCCUGAGCCAGCUGGUGCGGCACAAGCUUGAUCAGAAGACCAAGUGAGGGGAGGCGUGGGGGCGGGUCCAAGCGUGGCUCCACAGGGAACAAGGCCUGUAAAGUUGUUUGUGUCUGGCCCGCGGUGAUCUCUGCGCACACCUCAGCUGCCCCGGGCUACACUACCUGUCCUGGAGUUGGGGACCAGGAGAGCUGCAGGCGUCUACUCCUGGGCCUGCCCCAGCUCCUUGCCCUAGGAGCAGGAGAGAGGGGAAGAUGUGGGCCGCCCUGGCUGCCCCUGCACUGCCCCUCCCUAGGUGUAAGGCUGGGGGUCAGCUUGGGUCAGGAUCCCAGUUAGGGCUCCCAGGCAGUCUGGGUCAGGGUGAAGGUGUAGGCCAGGGAGAGCUUUGAGCAGAUGCAGGGGAGCCUUAACAAUACACCUCUCUCCAGGUUUCACUGGUUGAUGGGAAGGGGCAGGCCCCAAGCUCUUACUGUCCUUGAACCCCAGCUGGAAGUGUUGGAGCUCCAGAGAGCCCCACAGGUAAAGGUUGUGCCAGAUGCAAUUGGACCCCACCCUGUCUGCUCUGCCCAUCGGUCACUAUCCCAGACAAUGAGCCCUGGGUCUCCUAGCUCUGACCUCUGCACCCACGCGGCCUGUGCCCAGCUUCAGUCCUGGUUCCUUGUUCACGGUUCAGUUAUUCCAUUCAGUGUUUCCUGGGUUCUGGCUGGGCCUGUGGAUCAGUGAAGGAAGAUGAAGGCUUUCAUGUGGGAACAGACUGUCCAGGGAAUAAGCAAUCUGGAACCUCGGGCUCUGGGCUGGGGAGGGUGAAUAGGAGUUUGCAGAUGGAGACUAGAAGAGCAUUCCAGGCAAGGUGGGAAGACCUGUGCAGAGUUCCAGAGGUGUGGAAGGAGUUAAGUGGGGCUGUAGCUAGGGGUGGCCUUGACGCGAGUAUGUUCUGGGUGCAAUAAAGUCACUGUGUUGAUA